AUACUUGGCAAAAAAUUUUCGGCAUAGGUUGCAGAACAACUCUAUGGUUGACAGGAAAUUCGAACCAUAACCUAUAUAAAAUAUUAGCAUAUAAUAAGCAAAUAUUAUAUGCACGGAUAAUAAAUAAGGAAUGAGAGGAUUAGCAAGAAUAUGCAGUAUAUUAUUGAUGAUUUUUGAAGUAAUUAGUUGCAGCAAUUCCAAUAAUACUUGUGCCAGCAACAGAGAAAAUGACUGUAAUUUUGUUAAAAUCAAUAAAUAUUCUCAGAAUGCAUACUUAAAAUACCAUAAAUUUUUAACAUUAGUUGAUGAAGCUAAAGGAAAAUAUAAAUCAUGUGAACCUACUAAAUGCUCCUGUUUUACUUCUGUAAUUUCUGAAGACCUAGAACCAUUUAAGAAUGGAAUAACAAAAUCAAUGCUACAGGAAAUAAAAACAAAAGGUACCAAGUAUCAAAUAAUUAACCAUCAACUAUACCGUGAUGAAUCAUGCAUGUUUCCUGCAAGAUGCCAUGGCAUUGAACAUUUUUUACUUGAACUUCUUCCUAAAUUAGAAGAUGUGGAGUUUAUAGUGAAUACGAGAGAUUGGCCUCAGUUACACAAACGUUUGGGAUUAAUAGCUCCUAUAUUUUCAUUCAGCAAGACAUCUGAUUAUUAUGAUAUAAUGUAUCCAGCAUGGUCAUUCUGGGAAGGAGGACCAGCGAUUAGUUUAUAUCCAAGGGGAAUAGGAAGAUGGGAUCUGCACAGAAAAAAAUUGGGGAAAAUUGGUAAUAGCACUAAAUGGUCAGAUAAGAUACCAAAAGCAUUUUUCAGGGGUUCAAGGACGAGCUCAGAAAGAGAUCCUCUAGUACUUUUAUCUAGAGAAAAACCAGAUAUUGUUGAUGCUUCUUACACUAAAAAUCAAGCUUGGAAAUCAGAUGCAGAUACUCUUCAUGCCCCACCUGCUAAGGAAGUAUCAUUUGAAGAGCAUUGCCAGUACAAGUAUCUCUUCAACUUUCGAGGAGUUGCAGCUAGUUUUCGUUUCAAGCACAUGUUUUUAUGUAAAUCUCUAGUGUUCCAUGUAGGGGAAGAAUGGCAAGAAUUCUUCUAUCAGUCUCUCAAACCGUGGUUUCAUUACAUCCCUAUAAGAGCAAAUGCAAACAAAGAAGAAAUUCAGGAACUACUAGACUUUGCUGUUAACAAUGAUGAAGUUGCUAAAGAAAUAGCUGAGAAUGGUUACAACUUUAUUUGGAAUCACCUUAAAUUAUCAGAUGUACGAUGCUAUUGGAAAAAAUUGAUCAAAAAGUACACCAAAUUGUUAAAGUAUAAGCCAAUCCUUGAUAACACUUUAAUCGAGAUUAAGGAAAAGUAAUAUUUUGAUUUGUGGUCAUUCAAUAGUUUGUUUUAUAAAAAUAAAGCAAUUUGCAUAAAGCAAAACUAGAAAAUGUUGGUAUUAAAAUGAAAAUUCAGGUUUAUCUCCAUAAAGGAUAAUUCUAAAUGUAAUGUCUGAAUCUCCUUUCUUUUAUCAUAUUUAUAAGUAGUCAAAACAAAAUCUCAACAAACCAAUUACUAUAUGGUGUAGUCAUUUUCAGUUAUAUCGCGCGUUUUUCAGAUUUUUAGGCUUCUAAAAAGAUUUCUAUGUGAUUUUAGUUUCUUGAGCUUUGUUCUAUGGUUCAUUCUAAAGUGGAAUCUUUAAUCUCCUGGUUGUUGGUUAGGGGUAGUAUUUGUUCUUGGUUGGAGCGUUGACCGGAAUUUCUACAUUGAUUUUGAAACUUUAAGGACAGUGGCUGUUGCAUGAUGUGAUUUUUUGUUUCAUUGAUUUUAUUCUUCUCGUUUUAAGCUAUUUAAUAGAAAAUAGGUGAUCUCAUAUGUUCUUUUUGACAGAAUAUAUAAAUGUGUGUGUUUUUGAUGUCCGCCCUAUUUAGAAAUUUUAGUCUCUUGUUAAGAUACUAAGAAAUGAAGUUUGUGAAAAUUAAUUUACAUUGUAAAAUUAAAGUUUUAUUAACAUGACAAAAUUAAUUUAGUAAUUUAAUGAGACAAUUGGAUACUGUUAGAUAUCCGCUUUAAUGAGAUACAUGUGAUUUUUAAUUAUAUUUUAUUAAUAUGAUAUAAAAUAAUAUCAAUAUGAAGUUACAUUCACAGUAUUAUUUUGUACUAAUACACUAAAUUCUUAUGACUAACCCUUAACUUUAAUUUUUAAUGAAUUUAUGACAAUAAUAUAUAAUAAUCAUUGAGGGUAAUUGUGACAAUAAUAUCAUUAAGGGUAAUUUUGACAAUAAUGUAGAAUGUAAGUUUGGUUAAUAUAUGAAACUAUGUUAAAUAAAUGUUUAUAUGCAUGUUAUAUUCUACCUUCUAAUAUAAGAAAAUAUGUGGAUCCCCAAUAAAACAUGAUAAGUUAGAUAUAAUGUAAUUAUGUAUUUAUUCAUCUGUGUGUUGAUUUUUUCUUGAUCCAAAAUGUACUAAAAUGUCUGUUUAUUAGGCAAAGUGAUUGUAAAUAUAGCGAAUGUACUCUAAUAAUUUCAUUACUUGUGUUCAGCUGUGAAGAAAAAGAUGCAAUUUGUAUCUUUAAUUGGGUGUCAGAAAAUUAUAGUAUAUACAACAAAAGGUCCUUCCUCCCUGCAAUAAUUUGAAUUUACUCGAAUUGUAUUUCUACUUUAAAAUUCACCUCAAUUGUCUAUUAACUAGGUGACUGGAGCUAAAAACAUGUAUGAACCUGCGAUAUACUUUAAAAAAACAUCAAGUCUUUCAAUGUAAUUUAUAAAUAAAAUAUUUCUCAACAUAAAUAGUGAAUAGAAACAAGGAUUUCUCUCUGGAUCAUUGUUGGUAAGGAUAAGGACUAAAUACCACCUAUAUGUAUUUUUAUAUAACGCUUCAUUGCAACCCAGUGUUGAGUAAGAGCAUUGUAUAAACAAUAGGAUAGUAGAUUAACCUUAUGAGGAUAUCAUUUAACGAGGUGGACGCCACCAAUAGAUGGCAGUGGAGAGUUGGCGUCCAAGCACGUCUUUUCUUACUGUACGUCGUAGCUUGAAUUACGUGUUUUCUUAGCUUUGGCUACCGAAUUACCCCAAUAACAGAUGGCGCCAAAAUGAUUUACAAUAUUAUAUUCAACCCUUAAGUUGUGUUAUAAAGUUUCUUAUUUCAACCAAUGUAAUGUCCCUCCAUAAUAUAAUCACCAUUUGUGUCCAUUGUUCAUUUUUGUUCUAGUAUCUAUUAAGAGUAAGAAUAUAGUAAUGCCAUAUACCAUCUUACGAUUAAUGUAUAGUUUCAAUUUUAUUAUAUAUAUUGUAAAAAACUUAUAAAAAAUCCUGGACAAGAGCAAUUUAUAUUUUCAACUGUAGUAGUUGGUGUCUUUUUUGUAACGUUAUAACUAUAUUAAAUAUGACGCCUUGGAUAUAUUUUUAAUGGUAUAUAUUUUUUGUAUUGCACUUAAAUAGGUUAUAAUUUCAAAAAUAUAUGACUCAUGCUUGAUUUACCUGUAACAGACUUGUGAAUAAAAUCAAUUUGUUAAAUUAGUACCUGUAGUAAAAUAAAUAUAUUUAACUCGACAA